AUGUUGGCUCUUCCUUCCAAAUCCGGCAAAGAAAAUUCAACCUUACGAUCAAUUCUACCUGGUCUUAAUAAUGCAGGAUCCAAAGUAUUUGGUCUAUUGGUGGCAAACAUCACCUUGAUAUUACCUCUUGGGUCAAACCCAUCCAAUUGUGUAAUCAACUCCAACAUGGUUCUUUGCACUUCGUUAUCACCACCAGCACCAUCAUCAAAUCUGGCGCCUCCAAUGGCAUCAACUUCAUCAAAGAAUAUAAUACAUGCUUUCUUGGUUCUUGCCAUCUCGAACAAUUCACGCACCAUCCUGGCCCCUUCACCAACAUACUUUUGUACUAAUUCCGACCCAAUGACUCGAAUAAAUGUGGCGUCUGUUCUGUUAGCAACUGCUCUUGCACACAAUGUUUUCCCAGUACCUGGAGGACCAUACAACAAUAUACCUUUGGGUGGAUCAAUACCCAAUUUGACAAAUCUUUCUGGACUCAACAAUGGCAAUUCAACAACUUCUCUCAAUUUUUCAAUUUGUUCUUUACACCCACCAACAUCGCUGUAUGUAACAUCUGGUUUCUCCUCCACUGUCAUCAUGGUCACUGAUGGAUCAAUUCUAGGUGGCAACGGUAAUUGA